AUGGCGAGCGCGAAAGCCGGCGACGGAGCUGGCGAUCUGGACUUGUCGCGAGCCAAUCAGGGCGUGUGGCUGAUGAAGGUGCCACAGUUCGUGGCGGAAAGGUGGCACAAGGCGGGUGACAAGCCCGGGGGGGAGGCAGCAGCGGGGGGAGGCGCGGGGCAGGGCGCGCCCCCCACGCCUCCGCCACCAGGGGGGGGAGCGGGGGCGGGGGGAGUGGGCGUGGUGGGGCGCGUGCGCAUGGCGUUUGACCCCCGCGCUCGCCCCCAGGGCGGACAGGCCGCCACCCAGUUUAUGAUGCGUCUGGAGGUACCUGAAGGAGCAGCAGCGGAGCUUCCUAUGGAGUACAACCUCGCAUUCACGCCCGACCACGUGCCCAUGCACGUCUUCUCAGAGUCUGCCAGCGGUCGCAUUGCCCUGGAGGGAAAGGUGGAGCACAAGUUUGACAUGCAGCCGCCCAGCGGGGACCGGGGCUAUCGGCAGAUGCUGCAGACGCGGGAGAAGAAAUGGAACACGCCCAAACGCAAGCUGCAGAUGUACGACCCAGGUGCAGCGGGCCCCCGUCUACCCAUGCCUGGUACCGUCUCCAACGUCAAGCGCAAGGCAAGCACGACACCGGCAUGGCAGCAGGCAGCAGCAGCGCGGGCAGCGGAGAAGGAGAGCAAGCGUGUGCGGAUGUCGCGAGACGUGGUGGAGGCAAAGCUGUUUGCGCUGUUUGAGGAGCGACCGCACUGGACACUCAAGCACCUCACAGACGCGACGCAACAGCCGCAGCAAUUCCUCAAGGAGGUGUUGGGCGACAUGUGUGUGUACAACAAGAGGGGGCCCAACCAGGGCCUCUACGAGCUCAAGCCUGAGUACAAGCACGCGGCACAGCCAGCCUCUUGA